GGCUGCGUGUAAAUGACAAGUACGUCGUGACGGACAUUCGCAUCUCGUUCACAUCUUCAGACAUCACCUCGUCCUCGCGGGAAGAUGCGGAAAAGCUUGGCAUUAGACCGCGGGCGGUGAGCGUGCAUGGCUAGCCAUUGGGCCGACGUCAUCGCGCCUUGCCGUGUGCGCAGUAGCAACACGCUGCCACGCAGUGGAGGUUCACCCCUUCCUACGGAGAGUUUCGACAUGAAGCGUGACGAAAGCAUAGUAAAGGCUGGAGACUGGUUCAUCCGGCCGGAUACGCCGCCGAUGGACGGCGAGAAUGACGGUGAACAUCCCAUGGCCCUGUCCAACUCACCCCCUCAUUUACAUGUGCGUGACAAGCCAAUUCGCGACAAACCGCAAGGGAAACAACCAUUGGAUCAGCAGGGUUCCAGAAGCAGCGGCGCAAGAAGCGGAUCUGACGGAUCAGAAGGGAAUGAAGAGCCCUUCUUUCGCGUCAGGCUGAUCAACAUUGACCAUGCAAUGACUGAAGCUGGGCCGUUUGACCGUACGGAAACCGCCUUCAGUCCUUCGCCUCUUGCACGCGUCCCCGUCCUCCGUGUGUUUGGUGCUACUCCAGCUGGUCAGAGGGUCUGUAUGCACGUCCACGGAUUCUUUCCGUAUACUUACGUUGAGUACAAGGGUGCGCUUCAGCCGGAACACGUGCUUUCAUAUAUCUCGAGACUGGGGCAAGAGCUCAAUGCAGCAAUCGCAGCGAGCUUGCGUCGGAAUCCGUACAAUGAGCGCUGCAAAUACAUCAAUGCGAUCCACCUCGUCAAAGGUAUCCCUUUCUACGGUUACCACGUUGGCUACAGCUAUUUUCUCAAAAUCAGCUUCACGGACCCAAGCCUGAAUGCCCGAAUCCACACCAUCCUUGAGACAGGGCGCGUCAUGAAGACCCGCUUCCAGGCGUUUGAGAUACACGUUCGCUAUCAACUUCAGUGGAUGCUCGACUAUAACAUUUACGGUUGCGGAUUUGUGGAUGUCGAGGAAUGCUAUUUUCGCGCACCAUUGCCAGAGAGCGAUCCGUUUCUGUCGAAGCCCAGCUCGAACGAUGUCCAGCAGCGACAACUCUGGACACACUCUAACACGCCCGCAAACCUGGUACAGGACGAUUACGUUUCAAAGAACUCACACUGCGAGCUAGAAGUCGACAUCCGCGUUUCCGCCAUCCUGAACCGCCGCUCGCUCUGCGCACGCGACAUCCACCACCGCGUCGGAGAGCGGGACACGUUGUCCCUCUCAGUAGGUGGAAAAGACGGAUGCGCGCAAAAGCUCGUACCCAGCUUGGUCGGGUUGUGGGAGGAGGAGCAGCGGCGGCGGCUCAGUAGGGGAUUGAGCGCUAGCAUCCCGCCGCCCAAGUCGGUCGAAGGUGGCAGAGCGCUCAAGGAUGGAGAGCAUCCACGAUGGCAGGCGGAGGAUCGGCUGUGGCAGUUUGUGCACGCGCGCAUCAAAGACGAACGGCGUGCGUUGGGGGGCGUCCAUGAACCCAGAAAUGGCGCAACAAAAGUAGAGGACAAGGCGAACCCGAACUCUCAUUCCUCAGGCGAAAAGGAAGGAAUAUUUCUGAAUGAGGACGAAAUGGUCAAGCGCGAAGAGGCGAUACUGAAGGAAAGACUGAAAGAGCGCCUGACGGCUCCGCAUGCGCUGGAAAAGUACAUUGUAAGCGCUUUUGACAGUGUGGACGUCAUGCACGAAGACCACAGGAGGACGAGAAAGGUAGCACAAAUCAUCAACGAUCCGUAUAACCCAUUUAGCUCGCAGUUUUCGAUGACGGCCGCCGUGGAAAGCACGGCAUCUAGCGGUGAGCAUGGUUCAAGCAAGAAGAGGAAUACCCAUGCGGCUAGCGGGGGUGCGGGAGCAGGUGUGGCUGGGAACGCUGGCACUGGAAGCAGCAAACUCAAAAGCCCCAGAAGGACUGCAAAGAGCAGCAGCCCGCCGUUGUUCGACCGCGAGCAUCAGCAGCAACCAGUCGCGACAAACUCAUCGGGCGGAUCCAAUUCAACAACGACCGGCCCGAAGGCAGGUCUCGCUUCUACUCCAGCGAUUCUCUGCUUGGGGGACACAGCGAACAAUGAGAGCUCGAACGAGGUCCACCUAGCGGACGAGGAUCGCUCGAGUCAUGCUGCUGUGCCUCAAAUGCAGUCUCAGGAAGAUCUCGAUUUUUUUCAAUCCCAGGAGUUCCAGGCGCGCCUUCGCCAGGUGGAGCUUCAAGCACACCAUGCAGAGGGAUCGGAUGCCGGUGACGAAUCAGAAGGAGAGAAGGAAGUCGAUGCGCUUGCAGACGAGCUGGCUGCAUCGCCGGUGCAGGGUACGCCGAAUGGUGCGAAGCGCAAGGCUACUUCGAACCCCUCGACCCCGAACAAGCGCUUUCAUGCCACUAAUAGGCGAGCGGCGGCGGCGCUCACACCUCCUUCAGCAGCUUUCGCGGCAAAGGACAGUAGCACGAAAUUCUUAGUAACUUUGACGAAGCGGCAUGCUCCUGAGACUCCAGCGCAUGGCUUCGCCCCCACCAAAUCCUCAUCGCUGGGAAUGGAAGGCGCAGAGGCUUCUGAUCUCGGGCGAAGCUCGGAACACUCAUUGCAAGUGACAAGGAUCGCGAAUCGUCGAAAAGGUGUCAAUCAAUCAUUAGUUCCGGAGACGCCAACGAUACAUCUUCGAAGGAAUCGGCAGCAUGUCGCAUUCGUCGAAUUGCCAGACACUAAUGCUUCUAAACACCCAACGGUAGCUACAGCGCCUGCCACUCCUGCUUCUCGUGUCAGCUCCAGUGUGCCCAACAGCUCAUAUACCAAGGCGGACAGUUCAUCGAGGGCCUCACACACGGCUGAAACGGGUGCAACUUUCUUUCAGUUCGCGUACGUGGCUCCCAGCAAGGACGAAGUGAUGAACACGUUUGCCGAUUUCAACCUUCCUCGCGAAGAUCACGCCGCUCCCUUCUUUAGCAACCCUGCUGACGUUCCUGAUCGCCCAAGGGAGUAUGCGGGGCGCUCUUUCACCUUCAAGUCGAUCACAUUGCCAUUUCUCGAUGAUUUCGAACAUUGCUCGCGUGAUGAACGAGUCGGGAACGGCAACGACCAUGCAGCUGCACAUUCGGAGACGGUCGGCGGCCGCAUAAGCCGAAAGCAUUGCUUUUGCGCGUGGGAGUAUCUGCAUUCAGCGCCGAGUCGGGUUGAAACUUUUGCUUGGGUACGUCGGGAGCGAGCCAUCGCUGCUCAGAGUCAGAGACGGCGUCGCAAGCGUUUGCUGUCGCAGAUCGAGAAGAUGACACAGCAGCAGGCAGAGGCUACGUAUAACUUUAAGUUCUCGCAUCACCAGCCUACGUCCCUUGUGCACCGCGGAAAGCAACACAUGACGGUCUUUGCGCUUGAGGCACAUGCUUGCUCACGCAAAGAGUUGCUGCCAAAUCCUGAAGUCGACCCAAUUGGCGUCAUUGCUUACAGCUUCCAAAACGAGGACGAGACGCUCGAGGACACAGGCUCGAGACCGGGUCUCAGGACAGGCGUUAUCGUUGUGGCACGCGAUGAGACAGCCAUGGGAAGGGUGGCCCUGUCGUGUGAGGUGCAUGUGGUGGCGACAGAGGAAGACGCAUUUGUCACGCUCAUUACCUUGGUGCGCAAAUUCGAUCCUGAGAUCCUGGUCGGAUACGAGAUCCACAACGAGUCCUGGGGGUACAUCAUCGAGCGAGCUCACAAGGCGUACGACCUUGACAUGGUGCUCGAACUUGGCAGGGUCAAAGAGAGUUCGACUGGAAUCACCAAAGGCAAAUUGGAUAAUUGGGGAUACACACAAACGUCUGCAUUACGCAUCACGGGUCGACAUGUUCUCAACAUCUGGCGCCUAAUGCGCGGGGAAGUUGCACUUACGCAGUACACUUACGAGAACAUUGUCUACCACCUAUUGCAUCGGCGCGUACCCAAGUUUUCCUCAGCAACCCUCACUGCCUGGUGGCGAGCUGUGAAGACGCCUGAGCUCCUCCGACGGGUGAUCGCAGUGAUGGUCAGUCGUGCGGAGACGGACCUCGAGAUUCUUGAAGCUUCCGAGCUCGUCAUGCGCACAGCUGAGUUCUCAAAGAUCUACGGAGUCGAUUUUUUCUCUGUCCUCAGUCGGGGCUCGCAAUUCAAGGUUGAAUCGGUCAUGUUCCGCAUAGCAAAGCCAGAAAGUUUCAUCUUGCCGUCGCCUAGCACGAUACAGGUCGCCUCGCAAAAUGCGGCGGAGUGCAUUCCUCUCAUUAUGGAACCUCAAUCAGCUUUCUUUAAGGGGCCGCUCAUCGUGCUUGAUUUCCAAUCUCUCUACCCAAGUGUGAUGAUCGCGUACAACAUCUGCUACUCAACUUGUCUAGGCCGCGUUGCGGACUUCAAGGGCGUCCAGAAAUUUGGCUUUUCAGAACUGAAUCCCCCUCGAGGCCUGUUGACACUCCUCAAAGACGACAUCACUAUCUCACCCAAUGGUCUCAUCUAUGUUAAGCCGCACGUGCGUCGCAGCCUGUUGGCAAAGAUGCUCAGCGAGAUUCUGGAGACCCGCGUCAUGAUAAAAGGGUCCACAAAGGGGGUCAAGGACGACAAAGUCUUUCUGCGGCUUCAGAACGCAAGACAACUUUCGCUUAAGUUACUGGCAAAUGUCACAUAUGGCUACACAAGCGCCUCCUUCUCUGGCCGGAUGCCAUGUGUCGAAAUUGCAGACUCCAUCGUGCAGUACGGGCGCGAAACCUUGGAGAAGGCAAUACAGAUCAUCGACAAUGAGCCAAAGUGGGGCGCCAAAGUGGUAUACGGCGACACCGACUCGGUUUUCAUCUACCUGGAGGGACGCACGAAAGACGAUGCCUUUAAGAUCGGCAACGACAUCGCGAAUAAGGUCACCGCACAGAACCCGAAACCAGUGAAGCUAAAAUUCGAGAAGGUCUAUCUUCCGAGCAUUCUGCUCGCCAAAAAGCGCUACGUCGGCUACAAGUUCGAGCAUCCCGACGAAGAUAUUCCAACCUUCGAUGCGAAAGGUAUUGAGACCGUUCGACGCGACGGCAACGCCGCGCUUCAGCGCAUCCAAGAAGCGUGCAUUCGGAUCCUCUUCCGUACCCGAGACUUAUCGCAAGUCAAGUUUUUUUUGCUGCGUCAAUGGCAGAAGAUUCUUGAGGGCCGAGUCAACCUGCAAGAUUUCGUCAUCGCCAAGGAGGUGCGAAUUGGAUCAUAUAGUGACAAAGUCCCUCCACCUCCUGGCGUGGCGGUUGCAACGCGCAAGAUGAUGUUGGACCCAAGAGCUGAACCUCAGUACGCCGAGCGCGUUCCCUAUAUUAUUUCACAAGGAGAGCCAAAAGCCAAACUCAAUGAUCAGGCGGUCUCUCCUGAAGUCAUGCUACAGAAUCCGGGACUUCACCUGAAUGGGAUAUACUACAUCGAACGGAGCAUCAUGCAGCCUCUUGCUCGAAUUUUCAACCUGCUCGGUGCUGAUGUGGAGCGGUGGUUCAAAGAAAUGCCGCGCGUUCGGCCAAUCUAUCAAGGCCGCCUGCAGCUGGACUUGGCCGACGCAGGUCACAAAGUACAGCGCCUCACCCUUGCGGAGCACUACCGCGUCGAGCACUGCCUGAUUUGCGGUGAGACCACAGACAAGGUGCUUUGUCUUGAUUGCCGCCUUGCACCACAAGCAAGCACCUUGCGGGUCACCUCCAGGUUGCACGUCGCGCAGCAACGGCAGCUUGCCAUGUCGCGCAUUUGCGCGUCGUGUAGCUCGUUCCCGCAUCCAGAGGACUCUCCGUGCGUAUCUCUUGACUGUCCCAUGCUCUUCGCAAAGGUGAAGGGCGGCUUGGAAGUCGAAAACACACAUGCUUUACUACGCCAUCUCGACAACGCUUUCGACGAUUCUUCCAACCAAACUGCAAAUUCUUGGAUUUCCCUUGGAAAGUUCUAGCACGCACUUACCCGAUCAGGUAGUUCGCAUCCCGCAUCUUGCAUCUCGAAAAAGCAUCACUAUCAAUUGAAUACCAUGUAGCAUAGGUGUACCAAAGCUUGGGCCUUCGUUACGGAGCAGAUCUUGGCGCUGGCGGAAAAUGGCCGCUCCUUGAUCUGGCGCGAAACUUAUUACAACAUUGAGAGUACUAGUCAAGAAGAGGCGAAGGCCACUUUGCAUGCGGCAAAAUUCAGCACACUGCUAUACACAGUCGAGCUCGCGAAGCUAUGAUUGAAG